GACCGCUUUCCCCCCUUUUCCACUAAUUACACAGUCUGUCGUUUCUCAAUAACAACACGAGCUGUCCUCUGCUGACAGCCCGCUGGCAUUGCGCUGUUUCUGAUCCAGCUUGAGGAGACAUUCCGACACUUUAGACCGAAACAAAACGAAUGACAUGACAUCUGACUGCAGCUGCAGACAGUUCAAGAUACCGCUGGCGAGCUUUGGCAAAUUGACAGUCGAUGUGCAGGAGAGGGUUCGGAGGGGAAACCGUUGACGUCGCCCGCAGCAGACACGACACCUGAGUUGAAAACGCGUGUGCUAUUUCCGGGGUCACAUCGGCGAGAGUGGAGCGGGACGUCGCGGUGAGGGGCGCCGGGAGCGGAGCGGUGUCGGUUAACAUCCCCGGACUGUUGGCGGACAGCAUGGCUUCAGGGAAGACGGCGGGGAAGCUCGCCUCGAUGUGGGACAACAUGCGGAUACGGUUCAUCGUUUGCUUCCUCGGAGUCUUCGUGUGUUACUUUUACUACGGGAUAUUACAGGAGAUUAUCACUCGUGGUGAUUAUGGCCAGGGAGACCAAAAGGAGAAGUUCAGAUUCGCCAGGACAUUGGUCUUCAUCCAGUGCGUCGUCAGUGCUGUGUUUGCUAAGAUCUUGAUUGUUUGCUUUGAGGGCUCCAAACCAGAUCACACCAAGAGCUGGAUCUAUGGGCUGUGCUCCCUCUCUUAUCUUGGAGCCAUGGUGUCCAGUAAUUCUGCCCUUCAGUAUAUCAACUACCCCACACAGGUGUUGGGUAAAUCAUGCAAGCCCAUCCCAGUGAUGAUCCUUGGUGUGACCAUACUGAGGAAGAAGUACCCGCUGGCUAAGUAUCUGUGUGUGCUGCUUAUUGUGAGCGGUGUAGCGCUGUUCCUCUACAAACCCAACAAGAGCUCAGCUGUCGCAGAUGACCAGGUUUUUGGGUUUGGAGAGAUUCUGUUGCUGGUCUCUCUGACAUUGGACGGGUUGACUGGGGUGGCCCAGGACCACAUGAGGUCUCGCUUUCAGACGAGUGCCAACUACAUGAUGCUGAACAUCAACUUGUGGUCCACUCUGGUGCUCGGGGUCGCCGUCGUGUCGACGGGGGAGAUAUGGGAGUUCCUCAGUUUUACCGAACGCCACCCGAGCGUCAUCUAUAACAUCCUUCUGUUUGGAGUGACCAGUGCUUUAGGCCAGACCUUCAUCUUCAUGACGGUGGUGUAUUUUGGGCCUCUGACCUGCUCCAUCGUCACCACCACCAGGAAGUUCUUCACCAUCCUUGGCUCUGUUCUUCUGUUCGGCAACGUCAUGAGUGCGAUGCAGUGGUCGGGCACCGUCCUCGUGUUCCUCGGUCUCGGAUUUGAUGCUAAAUUUGGCAAAGUCCCCAAGAAGACGACGCACUAAGACAUCCGGAGCGCACAAGAGAAAGACAAAACGAUUGCAAACACACUCGAGCCAGUAUCUUAUUUUCAUAAGAUGUCCUUUACAGGCGCACUGUAUGUGCCUACAAAUUGUUUAAGUAUGGUCAGAUAUUUAACUUAACUGUAUUUAAAAGAGAGUCCAGCUUCUGUUAUAUACUGUAGAUGAAUCAAAGAGACAUGUUUUACUUGGGAUCAAGUCCUGAAUGAACUAUAACAAACCAUUUACAUUUUCUGUUUUUACCACACCGUUGAGGAGGAUUUGGACUGGCUGAAAGAAAAAAGGGGGAGAAAUGCUGUAUUUAAACAAAUCUUUUAAGUUUCUGAAACCAGCUCACCUCCCUUGGAUGGAUAUUGAAACCAAACGGGGCCUAAAACAUAUUUUUCCAGCAUUCAAAUCAUGAACUUGCCACCAAGUAAGGCUUUGUUUACAUUGUUGCUUGAAUAUUUGUAUUCAACACAUGGAGUUAAUUUCUUGGCAAACAAUCAGCCAAGUAUCAUUUCAUUUAUAUAAUAUAAAUGGUUGUAUGUAGCCUGUUGUGUUAUGGCCAAUCUUACUAUUGAAUUGUUUUUACGCUUUAUUUUCUACAAGGUGAAAAUAACUUGCCAUUAAAGGGAAAUUGUGAUA